CGCCGCGUGACGCACUUCCUGUUUGUUGUUGGAGAAAGGAGAGAAAGGAAAGCGCGAGGAGCCGCUGCCGCCGCCACCAGCGCAGCCGUGCCGGACCGCGAGCACCCGGCCGCCCGCCCCGUCCCGUCCCGUCCGCCGCGUCCUCGGACUUGUUCCAACAAUCUGUUAAAACAUGGUGGAUUACUAUGAAGUUCUAGGCGUGCAGAGACAUGCCUCUCCCGAGGAUAUCAAAAAGGCAUAUCGGAAACUGGCACUAAAGUGGCAUCCAGACAAAAAUCCUGAGAAUAAAGAAGAAGCAGAGAGAAAAUUCAAACAAGUAGCUGAGGCGUAUGAGGUGUUAUCAGAUGCUAAAAAACGGGACAUCUAUGACAAGUAUGGCAAAGAAGGCUUAAAUGGUGGAGGUGGAGGUGGAAGUCAUUUUGACAGUCCUUUUGAGUUUGGCUUCACGUUCCGGAACCCAGAAGAUGUCUUCAGGGAAUUUUUUGGUGGAAGGGACCCGUUUUCGUUCGACUUCUUCGACCCAUUUGAAGACUUUUUUGGGAACCGAAGGGGUCCCCGAGGAAGCAGAAACCGAGGUGCAGGCUCAUUUUUCUCUGCUUUCAGUGGAUUUCCAUCAUUUGGAGGUGGAUUUUCUUCAUUUGAUACAGGAUUUACUUCAUUUGGGUCACUAGGUCACGGUGGCCUUACUUCAUUCUCUUCUACAUCAUUUGGCGGCAGCGGGAUGGGUAACUUCAAAUCUAUAUCAACUUCUACCAAAAUAGUAAAUGGCAGAAAAAUCACUACAAAAAGAAUUGUCGAGAAUGGUCAAGAAAGAGUAGAAGUUGAAGAAGACGGCCAGUUAAAGUCCUUAACGAUAAAUGGUGUGGCUGACGAGAACGCCCUUGCGGAAGAGCGCCUGCGGAGAGGCCAGCCAGCCCUGCCUGCCCAGCCCACCAGCACCCGCCCGCUGAGGUCGAGCCGCCCCACACCCUCGGCCAGACCCGCACCGCAGCACAGCAUCUGGGAGGAGGAGGAGGAGCAGGAAAAGCCGCGGGCCCCCAGCCCCUGGGACACCCCCAUGAGUUCAGCAGGGUUCAAAGAAGGUGGCAAGAGGAAGAAGCAGAAGCAGAGAGAGGAGUCGAAGAAGAAGAAGUCGACCAAAGGGAACCACUAGGCUGGAUCGGCCCUGCAGCCGCUCACAGCCUCGCUCGCAUGGCCGGGCACGCGCUAGGUAGCGGCACCUGCAGUGCUGUCCCAGGGCCACCUUGCUUAGCAGGAUCACGACGUGCGCUCAAGGAUCGGUAGGAUCAGGGGCGCCGGAGAUGGGGUGACACCACGGUGGUCUCCACUUUCUGACUGCUUUUCCGCAGCACUAAAUCUGUGAGCGCUUUCCUCUAGAAGUACGAAGGUCUGUCUUACUCUCCAGUUAUCAGCCACUACACCAGCUGCUGAGCUGUUUCCAACUUUAGAAGGCUGUGAGGUGCGGACAGGGGACUGGGUGUGCUCAUGACGUGGCUUCCUUUCCCGGGUGGUUGGGGGCGUGAAGUUAGGGUGUGAUCAAGUGCACCGUGAACCGUGGUGGCCAGGGUACUUUUUGUUCAGAGCACUUGGCCACACAUAGUAGACCCUCACCAGUCACUUGAGAUGUAAGUCAUUUCUAGUAUUUAUUGUUCUAGUUUAAAUCCUUUCCAGGUAGUCCACAUUUGACUCAAUCUUGUCUAGUUUUUGCUCCAUCUCUUUUCCCCCUGGGCCCACAGUUGUUCUUUUAAGCAAGCAGGUUUUCAGCAGCACCAUCUCCAGCUUGGAUAGCUCAGGGUCAUGCUGGGAGAGCAGGCUGGUUACCACCCGUCUGCACGCAUGCACACACGAGUGCAGCAGAUCAGCUCUGAGCACGGAGCUUGAGCUCAGUAUUUCAGUUUGCAGACGUCGGCCCUUGCGUGUUUUCUCCUAGCCAGUCUCUGCCCUUCUUCCGGUACCCGUUCGGUGUGCUUGGUGCAUGGCUGUCUAACUUCGCUUUCCUUGAGCGCCAGGGAGAAGGCUGGUGUUUCCUGGCUCACCUGAGGUUCCUCCCAGGACAUGCCCUUCCCUUUUAACACGAGGACCUGUGUGCGCACCGCUUUUUCCUGUCCUCUGGGAAGAGAGGCCAUUGUAAAAGCAUGGACAUACUUGGUGAUGCCAGCAGUUUGGUCCAGUCUGGUUGAGACCAGUAGCACUCCGCUGUUAGCCAUGCAGCAGUGUCCAGGGUGAGCCAGGAGCAAGCGUCCCCUGUGGUUAACCGUCAGGUUGCGGAGGAGCUGGCUGUGUGGUUUGGGGAGUGGUGUGGGUGUCGGGUGGAGAAGAGACGGGUAUUCAGUGCUUCCUUGUAGAACAUGUGACCCGAAGGCGUGAUGUAUUUUAAUGGUACCUAUGUAAAUAAACACGCACACCGUUGAGUCCUC